UACCACCGACCUUGAUUAGAUUUACACAAUAAACUCAAAAUUUUUGGAGAUGACGUAAUCUUCUGGUCGUGUUAUUGGUUCACUCUUUCGAUUAAAGGGAAAAAGAAAAAAAAAAACCUAAAACCCCAUUUAGCAAGAGGUGCAAUGGGAGUGAUAAAAGAGGGCAGAGUCUUCGGCACGUUGCCGAACGACGAGUCGUUCGCCGUGCACUUCCCGGGUUAUCCUAAGACGACUGCUCGCGCCAUCGAGACUCUUGGAGGAACCGAGGGGAUCCUCAGGGCUCGUAGUUCACAGUCAAACAAAUUGGAGCUCCAUUUCAGGCCCGAAGAUCCGUAUUCGCGUCCUGCAUUUGGGGAGCUUCGUCCCUGCAACAAUUUGCUGCUUAAAAUAUCUAAAAAGAAGUCCGCUGAUGGCCAAAGUGCCGAAGCUUCCAGUAAAGCACAAGAGUGUUCAACAUCUGGAGCAACUGAUUCCGAAAAUCCGAAACAGCCAUCUCAAGCUGAAGUGCAGAUAUCUGAACAAGAGCAAAUUAACCUUUGUGCUGAUAUUGUUUCUCGUGUUUCAGAGGCUUAUCACUUUGAUGGAAUGGCUGAUUAUCAGCAUGUUCUCGCUGUUCACGCGGAUGCUGCCAGGAAGAGAAAGAGAAACUGGGCGGAAGCAGAGGAGCCACCCUUUGAAAAAGGUGGGUUCAUGGACGUUGAUCAGGAGGAUGUGAUGAUGAUAUUGCCCCCGCUCUUUUCACCCAAGGAUAUGCCGGAGAAUAUAGUGUUAAGACCAUCAACCAUCUUAAGUUCAAAAAAGAAACAAGAGGGAGUUGUACAGAAUACGGCUGAGGUUGAUCUAGAGCCAGGCCUUGCAAUUGAUUUCAACAUUAAAGAGAUUCCUAAGAAAGUGAAUUGGGAGGAACUUAUAACUCGAGGCUCAGAGCAGUGGGAGUGGCAGAUUACCGUAUCUAAACUCUUUGAUGAACGACCUAUAUGGCCCAAGGAAUCUGUGACUGAGCGCUUGCUUGAUAAAGGUCUAAAAUUUAGCCAUUUGAUGCUUAAAAGGCUUCUACUUGGGGUUGCUUACUACUUUUCUAAUGGACCAUUUCUGAGGUUCUGGAUCAAAAAGGGAUAUGAUCCUCGCAAAGAUCCUGAUUCUCGCAUAUAUCAGAGAACUGAAUUUCGUGUACCUGAACCAUUAAGGAGCUAUUCUGAUGCUAACACAGCUAACAAAUUGAAGCAUAAGUGGGAAGAUUUAUGUUCGUUUCGGGUAUUUCCUUACAAAUGCCAGACAUUUUUACAACUAUUUGAACUUGAUGAUGAUUACAUUCACCAAGAGAUAAGAAAGCCUCCAAAGCUAGCAGCAUGCGAUUCUAAAACAGGAUGGUUCUCAGAGUGUGUGCUUGACUGCCUGAGACUUCGUGUAGCGGUGAGGUUCUUGUCAGUAUAUCCCAAAGAUGGUGCAGAAAGCAUACGGAAAUCUUACUCUGAUGAAUUUGAGAAGUUAAAGAGGUCAUGCAUUUACAAGGAUGUCUUCAACUCUCAUCAACAGGAGAUCAGGCAAACUAAUAGAGAGCUUAUAGGUGAUGAAGAUAAAGAAAGGCCGAAAAGUUCUGAUAAUGAGGAAGAUGAAAUUGACGCUGAUGAUGAAGAGGAAUUGGAUGUGUAUGAGACGCUUAAUCUGGGUGGCGAGGAUGAUGAAAUCCCUUUGCAACCAGAUACAUAUUUAGAUAUGGAAAACAACUCAAGGACAUAUUUGCAAGAGCUUUUUGGCAGCUUCCCAUCUGUUGUUGGUGGUGAUGCAACACAAGCUGCAGAUAUUAGUGAUGGAGAAUAUCAAAUAUAUGAGCAAUUUAGUGAUAAUAACUACUCCGAUGAUGAUGAUGACGACGACGACAAUGACAACUGACAUUCUUAACCCAGAGGUUUACUGGUAGUUUUCCCUCCAUUUUGCUUCAUUUUACUCAUUCUCCAGGCUUCAGUCACAGCACAAGAUCAUCAUAAAUAUGAUUAAACUAGCUUAUAAUUUCUACUGGAAUGUUUGGUGAUUCAUUGGUUAGAGAAAAUGGCUAGUGUUGUUGGAUCAUCAUGUGAAUGCAGAUGCUGGUUCAACUGGAAGAUUUCUAAUAUUUCUCUCCUAAUUUCCUACUAAUUUGCAAUUUGCAUCUUAUCAAUGAUUGCAUGGUCCAUUGCAGGAUGCUCUGACGGUCACUAUAAUUUCAUAGAGCCAUCUUUUGAUUCUCUUUGCCCUUCCUACAUUUUUAUCCUUAAAGCUAAUUUUUUUUCCAAACAACUCAAACUAAUUACAGACUUUGUGAUCUCAAUUGCAUUAUUUUCUGAAGUUAUUAAAACUUGUAAUUAUCGUACCUUAGAAAAAGUUUUAGGUAGUUAUGAGACUUCAAAAUAGAACCUAACCAAUUGGAGCAGUACAUUUUAGAAUUUCUCCUUUCAUGUUUUCUCUUUAUAUACUGCCUUCUAGAAUGAAUCGGACAUUUACAUUGUUUUGCAGCUUAUUGGUCGCAGCUAUUUCUUGGGUAAUGUGUGUAUGUUUGCAGAUUCUUGAAGCUAAAACAUGUAUUGGGGUGCUGAAGCUGCAUUGCCACUAGUCUUGGAAGCUACUAGAGAAGGGUGACUAGAUAUCUUCAUGUUCUUCUGCUGUUAAAUUAUGAAUUAUCAGGUAAAUUUUUGAAGGUUGAAUGUACAGUAGUAUAUCCCAUUACGUCUGUUGACCCCAUACAUGAUGUACCUUUUGAUUUUGAGCAAAAUAACACAAGGCAAUUUUGGGAUACUCGAACUUCGUAUCAAUUUUAGGAUAAUCAAAGUUUCUGGUUUCC